UCUAAGGAUGUGUGGACUCAGCCUGAAGACAGUGGUGUAGUCGUAUUACAGAAUACUAACAUCGAAAAACUAUCGUCGAGUACGAGGAAGAGAUCGAUCAUCAGCGCAGACUGCUGGAUAUCGUUUGGAAACCCGAAAUAAAGCUACACAGGACAGAGCUCCAACAGCAACAUGUCUGUAAGGAGGAGGAGGUUCUCACUGACCAGCAGCUCUGUGACCAGGAGAGGAACUCCAUUGUUGGUCAUCUUUCUGAAACCUGAAAUAAAGCUACACAGGAUAGAGCUCCCACAGCAACAUGUCUGUAAGGAGAAGGAGAUUCUCACUGACCAGCAGCUCUGUGACCAGGAGAGGAACUCCAGUCUGGACCAGGAGGGCCCAGAGCCUCCACAGACUAAAGAGGAAGAGGAGAAACUCUGCACCAGUCAGGAGGGAGAGCAGCUUGUACCAAAACAGGAGACUGAUACCUUGAUGUUGACUCCUACUAAUGAGGAAAGGGACCGAAGUGAAGCAGAAGCAAACAGUGACCACCGGCUCCUCUCUCACAACUCUAACUGUAAAACUGAGACAGAGCUCCGACAGCAACAUGUCUGUAAGGAGGAAGAGAUUCUCACAGACCAGCAGCUAUGUAAACAGGAGGAUCCAGAGCCUCCACAGAUUAAAGAGGAAAAGGAGGAACUCUGUACCAGUCAGGAGGAAGAGCAGCUUGUACUGAAGAAAGGGAAUGAUACCUUUAUAUUGACUCCCACUAAUGAGGAAAAUGACCGAAGUGAACCAGAAGCAAACAGUGACCAACAGCUCCUCUCUCACAACACUCCUGUAGCUAAGAAACAAGAUCAGAAAAGAAGGAAGCAUGUAGACCCAGGAUCAAAGAGUCGUAAAACUCGGAAAGGUAAAAACUCUUUCAAUUGUCACACUUGUGGAGCAGUUUUUAAAAAGAGGUACAGUUUGAAAGUACAUCAAAGAUGCCACACAGGUGAGAAGCCAUAUUCUUGUAGCACCUGUGGGAAAAAAUUCACUCGGACAUCAACAUUGAAAGAUCAUUUAAAAACUCACACAGGUGAGAAGCCAUAUUCUUGUGACACCUGUGGGAGAAAAUUUAGUCGGAAAUCAAGAUUGACAGAUCAUUUAAGAAGUCACACAGUUGAGAAAUUACAUUUGUGUGAAACCUGUGGAAAAAGUCUAAGAUCAAGCUCAGCCCUGGUGCUCCACAUGAGAAUUCACACAGGGGAGAAGCCCUACACCUGCAACACCUGUGGGAAAAAAUUUAGUAUCAAGGCUGACAUGAAAAAACAUUCAAGAACCCACAAAGAUGAGAAGCCAUAUUCUUGUGAAGAAUGUGGGAAAGGUUUCAUUACUAGUACAAGCUUGAUGGUUCACAUGAGAAUCCACACAGGUGAGAAGCCAUAUUUUUGUGCAACAUGUGGGAAAAGUUUCAGAACUUCUUCUGCUUCAUUGGUCCACAUGAGAAACCACACAAAUGAAAGGCCGUACACCUGUAACACCUGUGGGAAAAAAUUCAAUAACAAUUCUGAAUUCAGUAGGCAUAUAAGAAUCCACACAGGUGAGAGGCCAUAUUCUUGUAGCACCUGUGGGAAAAAAUUCACUCGGACAUCAACAUUGAAUGAGCAUUUAAAAAUUCACACAGGUGAGAAGCCAUAUUCUUGUGGCACCUGUGGGAAAAAAUUUAAUCGGCCAUCAAAAUUGAAAGAUCAUAUAAGGAGUCACACAGUUGAGAAUUCGUGAUUUUGUGAAACGUGGAAAAAGUCUCAGAUCAAGCUCAGGACUGUUAAUUCACAUGAGAACCCACACAGGUGAGAAGCCGUAC